AUGAAUAUUGUCGAAUGGGCGUUUGGUAAGCGUAUGACGCCCGCCGAGCGUCUGCGCAAACACCAACGAGCCCUCGAUCGGACACAGCGCGAACUGGACCGAGAGCGUACAAAGCUGGAGAACCAGGAGAAGAAGCUGGUGCAGGAUAUCAAGAAAAGUGCAAAGAAUGGGCAGGUUGGAGCCUGCAAGAUUCAGGCCAAAGAUCUGGUUCGGACUCGCAGAUAUAUCCAAAAGUUUUAUCAGAUGCGCACGCAAUUACAAGCCAUCUCACUGCGAAUUCAGACCGUUCGCAGUAACGAGCAGAUGAUGCAGUCUAUGAAGGGCGCGACCAUGCUUCUGGGAAGCAUGAACCGUCAGAUGAAUCUCCCGGCUUUGCAACGCAUUACAAUGGAAUUCGAACGAGAGAACGAAGUGAUGGACGAGCGUCAAGAGAUGAUGGAUGAGGCGAUCGACGAGGCAACAGGAAUGGAGGAUGAUGAAGCAGAAGGCGAAGAUAUCGUGAAGGAAAUACUAGAUGAAAUUGGUGUCGAUCUCGGCCAAGCGCUGGGCGAGACACCAUCGGGAGAGAUACAGAAAGAGUCGACAGGUGGCGCUCGGGUAGCGCAGGCUAUCGGAGGCGGAGGAAAUGCCAGUGACGAUGAUCUUCAGGCGCGCCUCGAUAGUUUGCGACGAUGA